AUGAUCCAGAGGACAGAUAUCAGACCGACCAGUUCCGCCGUAACGUCGCCCCGCCAGGAUGGCCCUGAAGUUUGGGGUCAAUGGGCUGGCAGAAGACAUUACUCUCUAGAAGUGGUCCAGCACCCACUUCGCGCCCGAAUGUGCGGUUUCGGUGAUAAAGAUCGGCGACCGCUUGCCCCAGCGGCAGUGACAAAGAUGAUCAUCAGACGAGACGAUGACUCCAUCGUAGACGUCGACGAGGUAGACUGUUCUUUUUUCCUCGUCACCGUAGAUUUGUGGUCGGCAGAUGGAAAGCACGAGAUGAACCUCGUCCUUCAUCCUUCUUCUGCCGAUCGGUACGCUCCAACGAAUUCAUCGUCAAAGACAAGACGCCGAGGUGCGAGCGCCUCCACUCCAGCUCGUCCAUCUGGAAAUCAGACGCCAGCAGGCCGCAAUUCCCCACCACCUGGAUACCGCGCAGGCGACCAGACUGGCAAUUCUACUCCUUCUCUUAGUGCUCAUGCUCCUUACCCUAACCAAGGGUAUUUUGCGCCUCAGCCUGCUCCCGGUUCAGAAAACAUAGCCUACCCGCAAGCUCCGCCAUACGGCCCUCCGCCUCCCGAUCCUUCUUCUACUUGGGGUUAUCCACCCCCGCCUGUCGAUCGCACCGCCAGCUUCCCUCCUCCCAUCCUGCCCUCCAUCCACUCCUUCGGCCGAACGUCCUCGACCUCCUCAGACACCUGGCAGUCGGAAGAACCCGCCGGGAUUCUGCCCUACCGUGCUUGGAACACAGACGCCGCUUACCCACCGGUAGACAGCUAUCCCAAUAGCCAGCAACAUCUGGACCCGGCUUUGCGGACGCCUUCUGGUUCGACUGACACCCGCGACGGCGGCUGGUCGCAGCAGCCCGGUGGCUACAGCUCAACCGCCGAUGGUGAUCAAGGUGCCUAUGCACAAAACCCGUACCACCAUCAGCCAACGUACACGCAGUACCCUCAACCAGUUCCGGGUUCUCCUGGGCCGUCGCACGCACCGGCAGCUCCCUCCUCGCCGUUGCCUCGACACACCUAUACGCGUACGCUAGUCGGGCCUUUGUCUGCGAAUGCAUGCCGUUUGCUAGAUGAGCAUCGCAAACCGGGCAUCUUCUUCCUAUUCCAAGACCUAUCUGUUCGCACUGAAGGAACAUUCCGGCUUAGAAUGCGCCUCAUGAAUGUUGGAGCACCACCUGCCCCGGAGAACGGAGCGACACGGGUCCAUAAUGACGUCUCUCCAGUGCUUGCCCAGACAUUCACUGACCCGUUCACCGUAUUCUCCGCCAAACGAUUCCCUGGUGUGCCAGAUACCACCGCCCUAUCCAUUGCGUUUGGCAACCAAGGUCAAAAACUUCCUCUGCGCAAUCGCCAUGGCUCGAGUAAGCGGCGACGACGGGGCGGCUCGGAGUCGGACGAAGACUCUGACGCAUAG